AUAAAAAUAAAAAAGGAAAAAGAAGUGCCACCAAUUAUGCUUUAUAAAAACCAGCACACUCCAACUAUAUAAAUUCCGGCACCUCUUUUCCAACACUUUUACAUUUUCGAGAGGAACAAGAUUUUUCAAAAUAAAUAAAAUAAAAUAAUAAAAGUUAAGAAAAUAGUGCUAAUUAAUGGAGAACUACUACUGGCCGGGAGAGUACGGCUCGUGGGGCAACAGCCAGGGUGAGACGGCCGCCGCCGCCGCCCUGCAGUACCAUAUGUACCACCCGGCCGCCGCCGGAACUCCGUGGGGCCCGCCGUACGGAGGGUCGGCGGGUUCUUCUAGAAGCCACAGCGAGGCCGAGAAGAGGCGGCGGGACAGGAUCAAUGCCCAGCUCGCCACUCUCAGGAAACUCAUCCCCGAGUCCGAGAAGAUGGACAAGGCGGCCCUACUCGGACACGUGGUGGAACACGUGAGGGAACAGGGCAAGAUCGCGAAGGAGGUUAGCAAAUCCUCAACCGUCCCGGCCGAGACUGAUGAGAUCACCAUCGAGCAAUUAAACGACGACGUUCAGACAUCAUCAUCGAUGGACGGUCGAAGCAUCUACUUUCGGGCCUCGAUUUGUUGCGAUGAUCGGCCCAAAUUGUUUGCCGAGAUUGAUGGGGCCGUAACGGGCUUGGGCCUCACCAUACACAAGGCCGAUAUCACGACCAUAGGUGGCAGGAUGAAGAGCAAUCUCGUAUUGUGCACUAAUUAUAGCGAUGAUAGUAAUAACAACAAUAAUAGUAAUAAUAGUGCUGUGACCGAUUCAAUCAAGCAGUCGCUCAAAUUGGCAUUGAGUCGUGUGGUUAUAUCGGCUGGCUCGUCGGGUUACUCGGCCAGGAGCAAGAGGCAGAGGUUUUUUUAUCCGAAUUAUCAUUGAUCCAUUUUUUGGAGACUAUAACCAAUUUUUUUUCUAUUCUUUCAAGUGUACCUUUGUUUUGAUUAAUAGAACCUCUAGGAGUAUACAUUGCAUUAUGCAAUUGCGAAAUUGGUAUAUGAUAAGAGCGUGGUGUCAAUAGCCUUUCAAUUAAUCUCUUUUCCUUUUGCGUAGCUCCAUUGUAUCGAGAUAGGCCCAGUAUUGAACAAUCCAGAAAGACGGGCCCAUUUAAUAUUUAAUACGAUAG